CACACACCACACACACAGUAAUUACAUGUGUGCAGGUAUGUAGUGAAGGGUAAACCCACCUUUACAAAGGUAUACUUCUGCAAGAUCUGCAUCAAACUGAUAUAAAUGAUGUGUUAAUUCAGUCGUUUAAGGAUAGAAAAGCAAAGGUUUGCAUAAAAUCAAAGACUAAAAGGUCAGACUUUUUCUGUUUGAGAAGUAACAGAGACUUGGAGGAGAUGAAAUUCAGAUUUGUAAGAUCCGAGACUUCACAUGGGGCUAAUGUUUUUAUCAUGAGUGCAGCUUUGAGGAGCCAAGACUUCAAGGAUGAGAAACCUGCGACUGUGUCUCCCAUCACUCAGGCUUCAAAUGGAUUCAGUAAUAAGAAGAUGAGACGGGUUUUCACGAAAGAAAUGACUGAAAACAUGUGAGUCAAACUGACUCUAACAUUUGGUUUGGAAUAUUUUCGAGCAACUGGAACUCUUCUUCGGGUCUGUAUUUCCAGUACUUUCGGACGGGCUGCACACAAUCACAGUAUUAUCCAAACGAUUAAAUUUUUAUCCAUUCAGCAUUGUCCUUUGAGAUUGAACAGCUGCUCUUUUUGUUGUGCUGAAUUCAGCAGUCUGCUAUUUUUGUUCCCUGUGUGGAGAAGAUCAUCAUUUGUUGAUCCUUUGACAGACGAUUGGAAGCUUCAGAGUUUGCUCUGAGAUGCGGCAGUCCUGAGGCGUUUCUGUCUCGGCUGUGACGGAGUUCCCGAGCUGACAACAUGAACCUGCGUGGCGGCAACGUGUCAGAGUUGAUCUCUAACACCGUCAGAGUCGUUACCACUCUGGAGUCCAACACCUGGUUUCCACGUGGAUUCGAGGAAGGCACCCUGCGAAUCAAUAACUUGACAAACCCGGGUUGUCACGGGAAUGGCAUCAAUGUACACUUAGGGAACUGGUCUUACCGUAACAUCGGAGGAGUUUACGGCGAGGAAAGCAGCAGGAUUUACGGGUCCCACUGUCCUCAACAAGACAUGGCGGUGCAGAAGAACUGGGCAGCGCUGCUAAUUCUAGUCGUCAUUGCCGUCACAGUAAUGGGAAACAUCCUGGUGAUCCUGGCCGUCUCCCUGGAGAAGAAGCUGCAGAAUGCCACCAACUAUUUCCUGAUGUCACUGGCAGUCGCUGACAUGCUCCUAGGCAUCCUGGUCAUGCCGGUCUCCAUGGUGACUAUUCUCUACGAUUACGGGUGGCCGCUGCCCUCAGACCUCUGUCCCAUCUGGAUCUACCUGGACGUCCUGUUCUCCACAGCGUCCAUCAUGCACCUCUGCGCCAUAUCUCUGGAUCGAUACAUUGGCAUACGGAACCCGAUCCAUCACAGCCGAUUCAACUCCCACACCAAGGCCCGCAUCAAGAUCAUGGCAGUGUGGACGAUCUCAGUGGGGAUCUCCAUGCCGAUCCCUGUGCUGGGACUCAGAGACCACUCCAAGGUCUUCAAAGAUGGCAGCUGCCUGCUGACAGAUAACAACUUUGUGCUGGUCGGCUCCUUCGUGGCCUUCUUCGUGCCCCUCACCAUCAUGGUCGUCACCUACUUCCUGACCAUCAAAGCCCUGCAAAACGAAGCCACACUCUGCUUGGACCAGCUGGUCCCGCGGCCCAAAUGGAGUACGACUUUCACCCUGAGCUUCUUGCCGCAAACCUCGCUGUCCUCCGAGAAACUCUUCAGACGCUCGAUAAGCCGAGAGGCCGGGGGCAGGCGAAGCAGUGGUGGCCUGACAGGCGCUCGCGGGAGCAUCUCCGGCUCGCUGUUUGGACGCCGCACCAUGCAGUCCAUCAGCAAUGAGCAGAAGGCCUCGAAGGUCCUCGGGGUGGUGUUUUUUCUCUUUGUGGUAAUGUGGUGUCCGUUUUUCAUCACCAAUGUGCUGGUGGUGGUGUGCGACCCGGCGGUGUGUGACGCAGGACUCAUGGGAGGUCUGCUGAACGUUUUCGUGUGGGUCGGAUAUUUAUCAUCCGCAGUCAAUCCGCUGGUUUACACACUGUUUAACAAAACAUACCGAGCAGCUUUCCUGCGCUACGUACGCUGCCGCUACCAGCCGGAGAAGAAGCCUCUUCAGCUCAUACUGGUGAACACCAUCCCGCCGCUGGCUUACAGCUCCACCCAGCUGCCCCUGGGAGAUGUCGGGAGGUUACGAAAUGGAGUGGCGCACUGUAGUGACCCAGUGAAAAAGUGUGGGCCGGACAAAACUCACGGAGACAAGGAUGAGAGCUGUGUGUAAGGAAAUGAAAAGCCUGCUGCAAAGUCAAUCCUGUGCAACUCACGGAUUAUAUUAAACCUUUAACUUCUGUAGUCACAUCAUAUGUGGGAGCAAGGUUUACAGUCAAAGUGCCAAAGACAAAGUGCCUCCCAGUCAGGAUAUUAGAAACAGUUCCCCAACCUGUCAAGAAAAAUGAAAAUAUAGUCUUUUUACAUUUCAGUGCAUUUGGAGCAUUUUCAGAGCUAACUGAGUCCUCAGAUUUAUUAAGCUUCUGAUCAAUGCCUCAUCAACCAGUUCUGGAUCAGCUGAAUCAAGUUUUUGAGUUCCUGAUUACCACAAAAAACACCUUUUGAUUAAUGUUUCAGAGCCUCCUCCACACUGCCAGCAAAUUAAACUAGUCAUGGAAGACAUAUCACUUUAUUUGUCAUUUUGUGUCAAUCAGUAUCUCCCAUUAUUAAAGUCAAAUGAGAUGACAAUGAGGGACACUCAUGUAAAUGAUACGAGACACUUUUUGGCAUGUUGCCACAACAAAAACUGACACAAUGUAUUAACGUUUGCAAACUCUUUGGACAAAAGGGUAAACAUAAAAGUUCUUCAUAAAAUUUCAAUUUUCACGGCUCCUCAGCUGCGGUGACCUCAGCUACCCCUUCUUUCUGCCCGGCUCAGUCAGGUGGCCUCUACCUCCCAUCAUACCUUUGGGUGGAUCAGUGGGGAUUAGACUGGAUUUCCUGCCACCUUAUCAGAUGUUAGAGUGGAGGAGCAAGAUCCAGAGCCUGGCACACCGGGAUACCAGGCUCUUGCAGAGGUCAGAUAAAGCUGCCAAACAGGGGGAAAGAAGGAGUGAAGUCUCCUGCUGCUUCUGUAUUUUCUGUUGAAAAUAACAAGGAGGAUAAAUAUUGUGUGCUAAUGUUACAGAGAGAUGACGUUAAUAAAUCUAUAUUUGUAUUUUGUGCAAAUAUAUGUGAAUAAAUGUAUAUGAUUGUUGAGGUUAAAAUGUUUUUGUUAUUUACGAGCGAGUGAUGAUUAUUGUCACUGAUAUGAUGCAGUAUGAAGAAUGUAAAAGGAGAUUACAUUGGUAUGAAGUUAUCUGCAGAUGUGUCUUGUAAAAGACAAAUUUUUCAUUGUGUUUUUCUCACUCUACCAGUGCACAAAUUUGUAUUUGUUUCCCAGAAACAUCAAGUUUUUUGUUGUUUUUUUUAUCUUUACACUUGUAACAAAUUAUCUGGUAGUUGGUUGCCAAAUGUUCAAAAUAUCGUUUUAAAAUGUGCAAUAUGACUCUGCUAUCUGAGACUGAACACAGAAUCAACAGGAGGAAGGCCAGAAGCUGGAUUAAUGCGUGAAGGUUGUCUUGAAGCAUGGAUGUAUUAACAAGGUGCACUCAGACCACAGCUGUAGACUGAACGCUGCAUGAAUAUUAGAUUCUACAUUAUUGCAAACAGUUGAAGGAAUAACUUCAGUGGAUGCAACACAAAUACAUUAUCUGUCUCAUAAGCUAUAUUUUUAUAUUAUAAGUUAUACUUUGUUUAUGUUUGUCGGCCUAACUGCCUUUGCAGUAUCAUUACUAGUGCUGUUAUUAUCACCAGUACUCCUUACUUCAUUUACUUAAAGUAAUACUUAAAGUGCAAAAUUACUAUUUGUAUAUCAGUUACUUUCUGGGGGUUGUAUUUGACAACAGUAAUUAUUGGCUGAUUGCUGCUGAUAUUCAAUGUAAAAUAAUAAAUCUUAAAAUGUAUAGCACAAUUAGUAAUAACUGACAUUGGUUCAUGUCAACAGGUUCACAUGUGUCUCUUUUAUAAUUGUAUUCUGCACAGAAAAUGUUUUCUGGGGACAGGAUUUAUUUUUGUUGCAAUACUGACUAACUUUAACAACAACAAAACUACAUAAAAACAUGCAUUUACGUCCUCUCAUACAACUCCUGUUAUUAGAUGAUUGAAUGGGCAUUAUCAGCGGUUAUCAGCCGAUAAGCAUGGGUGAAUAGAAUCCAGCUGCACCUGCUGGUAGGCUAGUAGAUCGUUACCAGCCUAUUGAAGUGGUUUUAUGGGGCAGUCUUAAGGAAACUGCUGCCUUUUAACUGAACGUAAACACUUUGUUUUCAGCAAGUGGCCGUUAAAUGUGCUGAUAACAAACUUCUCAAUCUGCAAGUAGGUGGAGCUCACACAUUCUUAUGGGCUGAAAACAUGCAAAACAAGUGAUUUAACUUUUUUUUAGGCCCUGGAAAAGUGAUGCAAAAUAAUAAAUCUUAAAAUGUGUAGCACAAUUAGUAAUAACUGACAUUGGUUCAUGUCAACAGGUUCACAUGUGUCUCUUUUAUAAUUGUAUUCUGCACAGAAAAUGUUUUCUGGGGACAGGAUUUAUUUUUGUUGCAAUACUGACUAACUUUAACAACAACAAAACUACAUAAAAACAUGCAUUUACGUCCUCUCAUACAACUCCUGUUAUUAGAUGAUUGAAUGGGCAUUAUCAGAGGUUAUCAGCCGAUAAGCAUGGGUGAAUAGAAUCCAGCUGCACCUGCUGGUAGGCUAGUAGAUUGUUACCAGCCUAUUGAAGUGGUUUUAUGGGGCAGUCUUAAGGAAACUGCUGCCUUUUAACUGAACGUAAACACUUUGUUUUCAGCAAGUGGCCGUUAAAUGUGCUGAUAACAAACUUCUCAAUCUGCAAGUAGGUGGAGCUCACACAUUCUUAUGGGCUGAAAACAUGCAAAACAAGUGAUUUAACUUUUUUUUAGGCCCUGGAAAAGUGAUGCAAAAUAAUAAAUCUUAAAAUGUGUAGCACAAUUAGUAAUAACUGACAUUGGUUCAUGUCAACAGUUUCACAGGUGUCUCUUUUCUAGUUCUAUUCUGCACAGAAAGUGCUUUCUGGGGACAGGAUUUAUUUCUGUGGCAAUACUGACUUUGACUUUAACAACAACAAAACUACAUAAAAACAUGCAUUUACAUACUCUCACACAGAGAUUGUUAUCAGCCUAUUGAAGUGGUUUUAUGGGGUAGUCUUAAGGAAACUUCUGCCUUUUAACUAAACAUAACUGCUUUGUUUUCAGUGAGCAGCCUUUAAAUGUGCUGAUAACAACCUUCUCAACCUGCAAGUAAGUGGAGCAGGACCCUACUCACCCAUUCUUAUGUGCUGAUUACCGCUAACGCCCAUUCAAUCAUCUGAAAACAUGCAAAACAGGUGAUUAAACAGCUUUUUUAGAAGCUUGGGGACAGGAUUUAUUUUUGUUGCAACACUGACUUUCCAGCUUUGUUGAUACAUUCAUGGAUCAUACAGUGACGACCAUAAGAGCCUUGAAAACUGACCAAACCAAUAGGGUAGAGCUGGAAAUGAAUGUGAAGAACAAUAUCAUGAUAUUUUUGGCCAAAAUACACUUCAAAUAUGUGUGCAGAUGUUUCCUUAAAAUGUUUACUGUGUCUUUGAUAUCUGGGAUGUAAUUAGGAGUUCACGGCCAAUAUGCUAAAUAUCCACUGACAGGAUCCAGCUUGUGAAGGAUUUAUAAUUUUACUAGGGUAAUAACCUUUUUAAAAACAAUGAUGUUUGUUAGUUUUAUACUGUAAAUCAUAUCUGCAUCACUUUUUGGAGUAUUUAGUUUUGGAGCAGAAGUCUUUACAUGUGAGGAAAAGGCUGCAGCAAGCUCAGGGUUUCUAUUAAGAGUUAAAGAAAGAUGAUUGUUGCACUAAAUGAAGUAGAGUGAAUCCAAGGUAACGCUUUUUGUAGAAAAAUAGAGCUUUUUCAGCCAAAGCAUGCAGCAGGCAGGAUAUUUAUCGUGACCGCAGCUGUUAUUUACAGCAGCAGGUGAGGAGCUGUUGCUCGGAGAAGAAUCCAGGCAACAACAGUUAGGCUGCUCAUAAACAACAGUAAUGAAGGAGGAGAAAUAUUGGCUCAGCAGGUGGCUGCUUUUAGCUCGACACCAACAUUUAGCAUUGAUGCUUUUUCUCAUACCUGCUGAGUCACAACCUGUGUUAACAUGGAAACAGAAAAGUCUGGUUCUUCAGCUUCUCUUUCUCGAAAUGAACGGUGACGGUUGGUGGACAGAACAUUCAGUUUUAUUUCAUUUCACCUGGGUCUUAUUUUCAUAGUUUCGGGGCUUGAAUUCUAUCCAUUAUGAAGAAAAACAUCUGGAAAUGCAGCAGCCAAAUUAUUAAAACCACUUGAAGGUGAAGCUGAAAUGUAGAAAGUUGAUCGAAUUAUAUUGUAUUGAAAAAAUGUGCAAGUACACAAUUGCACUUUUUCAAAAUGUUUUGAUUGUCAGGCUAGAAAAAUAAAAUAAUUACAUUUAGGUUAAUUAGGCUAAAUUCUAUUGAAUUGGCGUAAUUAGUGCUUUAUCUUCCCAUAACUGUGGAUGAAUAGGGGCCUAUUCUACCUUCUAGUAAGAUAAUCUUCCGAUUCACUGACUGUACCUUUCCUUAUAUUUCGAUUUCGCUUUCGUCAGUUUUGGGCACGGAAAAGGGCAGGUUCAGUUCAGUUUAGGCUUCAAAACUACUUCUCUGAGGUUAGGUUUAAAAAUUCCUGGUUUGUCAUUGUGAAAGAAAAAAAAGAGUAAAAGAACUGCACAUAAAUGCUAAAAAUGAAGGACAAUGUUUAUACCGGAAGUGACGUAGAAAUGCUGGUUAAGUAAAAACGUGACACACUGAAGUUAGGUCAUGUUAAGUCACUUCAAACUACUACUAGAACCCCUACUUUUUG